AUGCGACCGCCGCGGACCGAAGCAACUCAUACUUACCUUGAUGGCACGGGCCCCUUCAUGUACCUGGGCUCGUGGGCCGUGGGGGCCUCUCAUAGCACGGCGACCCUGUCCCCAGGGGGCCCUGGCGGUUUGUAUGGGCUUCGGCUCAUGCACCGUCUCAAUAUUUCCCUGUCCUGCUUCGGCCCUCGGGCUGGGCAGGCCGCCUUUUUUGCUCUUGCAGCCGCCUAA